UUUAUAAUCCACGUUGAAUUUUCAGCCACAACCGAGUACGACAGAAAGUGCAUGGCGAAGGCUGAGACGGGACCGUGCACGGCGUUCUUCAGGCUGUGGACGUACAACUUCAAGAAGGGCCAAUGCGAACAGUUCAUCUACGGCGGCUGCCACGGUACCGAAAACCAGUACCGCACCAAGGAAAAGUGCGAGAGGGCCUGCAAACUCCCCACAGCACGUUCCCUCGCCUGCUACCUGCCACUGCUUGAGGGUACGGCUGGCUGCUCCGCACCCGAUCAACGAUUCUACUUUAACACAACCAGCGAGCGGUGUGAGCAGUUCUUGUUCAAAGGCUGCGUAGGCAAUACCAACAAUUUCCUGAGGCUGGAGGAUUGUCAACGAAAGUGCUAUGGGGCCGCAUACCCUGAGUUCGGGAAGGACACCGACGCCGUGGAACUUCCACAGCUGCGGGUGUGGCCGGCCUGGUACUGCAGCCUACCAGCAAAAGCAGGACCAUGCGAGGCAGCCAUUCCGCGCGUCUUCUUUAACGUCAACAGCGAAGCCUGUGAAGACUUCGUGUACGGUGGUUGUGAAGGCAACCGGAACAACUUUAACAACCACGCGCAAUGCCAGGCAGCCUGCUAUUCGCGCCGUAUGGUGCUUGCUCGCCCGUGAGAAGAGAAGUGAUCACACCAUGGAUGCAGAUAUAUUAGUGCAGGGCACUGCACAAAUAUCUAAAAGACAUUAAAUACACCAAGUAAUAAAUUAGUAGGACACAAUAUUCAAUGAGAUCAUGUCAGUUGCACGGUAGAUAGGUGUUAUGUUCUCACGGUAGACAAUAAGGGGAGUGCAUUAGACUUUCAACAGAAAUGUUCUCCUCUGAAAUAGAAUAUACUGAAUAAAUUAUGGUGAGUGCUUUUUGACAAUUUGACAAUUACGCCGUCGAAGAAAUCGCGCA